GCCUGAGAGGAGGAGGAGGCGGAGGAGGCGGCGCAGCUAGCCCGCGGGAGGCGCGGUCAACUGCAGGCACCAGAACGGCCCGCACCCGGCGGCGGCUGUAGCGGAGGUGACUCGCGGCGUUGUUGGCCCGGGGUGUCCCCGGGCACUUCCUGACGGAGGGCUGCGCGCGCACCGCACACCCCCGACCCGCUCGUCUCCCGCCCCAACCCCGGCCCUGGCUGCGGCUCGCCGCGCGGGCCCGCUCUGCGUCGGCCGCGCCCGCGGUGGAGACGGUGCACGAGGGGCCGCGGCGGGGAUGAGCCGACUGCGGGUCAACACGCCACCGGGCCCCGAGACACUGUGAGCAGCCGCGCCCCUCUCCCCGUUGCGCCGCCCUGCCCGGCGCCUGGAGAUCAUGUCCAUCCACAUCGUGGCGCUGGGGAACGAGGGGGACACGUUCCACCAGGACAACCGGCCGUCGGGGCUCAUCCGCACCUACCUGGGGAGGAGCCCGCUGGUCUCGGGGGACGAAAGCAGCUUGUUGCUGAACGCUGCCGGCACAGUUGCGCGUCCCGUGUUCACCGAGUACCAGGCCAGCGCGUUUGGGAACGUCAGGCUCGUGGUCCACGACUGCCCCGUCUGGGACAUUUUCGACAGUGACUGGUACACCUCUCGCAAUCUGAUCGGGACCGCUGACAUCAUUGUGAUCAAGUACAACGUCAAUGACAAGUUUUCGUUCCAUGAGGUCAAAGAUAAUUAUAUUCCAGUGAUCAAAAGAGCACUGAAUUCGGUUCCAGUAAUCAUCGCUGCUGUUGGCACCAGGCAAAAUGAAGAACUACCUUGCACCUGCCCGCUGUGCACCUCGGACCGAGGCAGCUGCGUCACCACCACCGAGGGGAUCCAGCUGGCUAAGGAGCUCGGAGCCACCUACCUCGAGCUGCACAGUCUCGACGACUUCUACAUCGGGAAGUACUUCGGGGGAGUGUUGGAGUAUUUUAUGAUUCAAACCUUGAAUCAGAAGACAAGUGAGAAAAUGAAGAAAAGAAAAAUGAGCAGCUCCUUCCACGGAAUUAGACCACCUCAGCUUGAACAGCCAGAGAAAAUGCCGGUCCUGAAGGCGGAGGCGUCGCACUACAACGCGGACCUCAACAGCCUGCGGCUGUGCUGCCAGUGUGUGGACGUGGUCUUCUACCACCCGGACCUGAGCGACGUCGUGGAGGCGCACAAGAUUGUGCUGUGCGCCGUGAGCCACGUCUUCAUGCUGCUCUUCAACGUCAAGAGCCCCGCCGAUAUCCAGGAUGCCAGCAUCGUGCGCACUGCCCAGGACCUCUUCGCGGUCACCCGGGACACGCCGCCCUUCUCGGGCAGCGCGGGCCACGAGGCGGCCGGCAACCCGCCGCUGCGCGUCUACGUCAAGGACGCCCUCUUCUGCUCUUGCCUCUCCGACAUCCUGCGUUUCAUUUACUCGGGUGCUUUUCAGUGGGAAGAACUAGAGGAAGAUAUCAGGAAGAAGUUGAAAGAUUCUGGAGACGUUUCCAAUGUGAUCGAGAAAGUUAAAUGCAUUUUGAAAACCCCAGGGAAGAUUAAUUGCCUACGGAACUGCAAAACCUAUCAAGCCAAGAAGCCUCUGUGGUUCUACAACACUUCCCUCAAGUUUUUCCUCAACAAACCGAUGCUCGCUGACGUGGUCUUCGAAAUACAAGGUACGACGGUGCCCGCCCACAGGGCCAUCCUGGUGGCGCGGUGUGAGGUGAUGGCCGCCAUGUUCAAUGGUAACUACAUGGAAGCCAAGAGCGUCUUGAUCCCUGUUUAUGGCGUUUCCAAGGAGACGUUCCUGUCGUUCCUAGAGUACCUGUACACAGACUCGUGCUGCCCAGCUGGCAUCUUCCAGGCCAUGUGUCUGCUCAUCUGUGCCGAGAUGUACCAGGUGUCCCGGCUGCAGCACAUCUGUGAGCUCUUCAUCAUCACGCAGCUUCAGAGCAUGCCCAGCCGUGAGCUGGCCUCCAUGAACCUCGACAUCGUGGACCUGCUCAAGAAGGCCAAGUUCCACCACUCAGACUGCCUGUCGGCCUGGCUGCUUCAUUUCAUCGCCACCAACUACCUCAUCUUCAGCCAGAAGCCUGAAUUUCAGGAUCUGUCAGUGGAGGAGCGCAGUUUUGUGGAAAAGCACAGAUGGCCGUCGAAUCUGUACUUGAAGCAGCUUGCGGAAUACAGGAAGUAUAUUCACUCCCGGAAGUGUCGCUGCCUGAUAAUGUAACCGGGGGUUUUACUACUUUUAUUACUGUUAGGAAAAAUGGGAACCCACUGAAUUCCUGAAAAUUCUUACCAUGGAAACUAGUGCAGGUGUCCAAAACAAAAAUUGCACAGCUCAGUGCAUCUGCUAGUUCUCUUUGGAAAAAGAAAAAAACAAUUAUUGUGAUCUAAAAGGGAACAAACUGUGUAUAAGGUAGAUACGGCUAAGGCUUCCCAA